UCCUGAGGUGGGGUGUGUAUGUUCUGCAGGCAGUGUGCUGCCUCGCACCCCCAGGCUGCUGUUGCUCUAUUUUAUUUUAAUAGUCGUAUUUUCCACACCCUCCCCUUUUGUACUCUGCCACAGGAGUGGACCAGCAAGACCAUAGCUCCACGGGGGUUGCAUGACUCUUUGGCGAUGAACGCAGCCAGAAGCGGCUACCGGGUCUUCUCGGCCAACUCCACGGCAGCCUGCACCGAGCUGGCGAAGAGGAUCACAGAACGUCUCGGUGCUGAGUUGGGGAAAUCUGUGGUGUACCAGGAAACCAAUGGAGAAACAAGAGUCGAAAUAAAAGAAUCUGUGAGGGGACAAGAUAUCUUCAUUAUACAGACGAUCCCCAGAGAUGUGAAUACUGCUGUCAUGGAGCUGCUGAUAAUGGCCUAUGCACUGAAGACGUCCUGCGCCAGGAACAUCAUUGGGGUCAUCCCUUACUUCCCCUACAGCAAACAGAGCAAAAUGAGGAAGAGGGGCUCUAUAGUCUGCAAGCUGCUGGCUUCAAUGCUCGCCAAGGCAGGUUUAACACACAUUAUCACUAUGGACCUUCAUCAAAAGGAAAUUCAAGGCUUCUUCAGCUUCCCAGUAGACAACCUGAGAGCAUCCCCUUUCUUGCUUCAGUAUAUACAGGAAGAAAUUCCAGAUUACAGAAACGCAGUUAUUGUAGCCAAAUCUCCUGAUGCAGCUAAAAGGGCUCAGUCUUAUGCUGAGAGACUACGGCUGGGACUAGCAGUGAUCCACGGAGAGGCUCAGUGUACAGAGCAGGACAUGGAUGACGGACGUCACUCCCCUCCGAUGGUCAAAAAUGCGACUGUGCAUCCUGGUCUGGAGCUGCCAUUGAUGAUGGCCAAGGAGAAACCACCAAUAACUGUGGUUGGAGACGUUGGAGGAAGAAUUGCCAUUAUUGUGGAUGACAUCAUCGAUGAUGUGGAAAGCUUUGUAGCUGCUGCAGAGAUCCUGAAAGAGCGCGGAGCCUACAAGAUUUUUGUGAUGGCUACUCACGGGCUCCUGUCGGCAGAUGCCCCUCGUCUCAUAGAGGAAUCCUCCAUCGAUGAGGUGGUAGUAACCAACACAGUUCCUCACGAAGUACAGAAGCUGCAGUGCCCCAAGAUAAAGACUGUGGAUAUCAGUUUGAUUCUCUCUGAAGCCAUCCGACGAAUCCACAAUGGCGAGUCCAUGGCCUAUCUCUUUCGCAACAUCACUGUCGAUGACUAGACCUGGCGCUGCCCGUGUCCUGACUUCCGCAAGAGAAGGAAACAUGCAUGAAAAGGCAAUACCAUAAAUUAUAGGCAUAACACAACUGUUUAUUCUUGUAGGAGCGUGAAGGUUUUCAGGGUCUUGAGCCAUAAGAUCAAAUAGAAAAAAAUCAACCUGACCAGCACUUUACAGGUGAAUAGAAGAGGCCACUGGCAAUGGGGAGGAUUACAUCUUCAUUAAGAGAGAUGGAUAAAUGAGGUGUUGUUGAAUUUAAGUUCCUUUAAUUUUAUUUUUUUUAGUGUGUUCCCUCUUGCCCUGUAGGGGGAGAAAGAAAAGGAAAAAAAAAAGUAACUGUCAGCUCAUGAGAAGGGAAUAGAGACUGCUCAUUGCUGGGUGUGGGCAGCAGGAGGAGACAGCCUUUGGGUUUCUGUUUCUGACUGUGACUCGCCUGAGAGCGCAGAAGGGAGUGCUUCAUUCAGGCAGCGGGCAGGACUGCUUGCUGCUGAUCAGCAGAGCAGCUCCGUGCCAGUUGAGUGGCUUCUCAUCUCUUGCACAGCAUAGCAGGGACUUUCAUCGAAACUAAGUUAGCGGAACACCCAGAAAGGGCAGCUUAGGGCACCCCUUUCGCAGGGCUGCUCGCAUCCUUGUGUCGGGGCACUGGGAACCAGCUCGUGUGUCUCCCAGCAGGGCAAGGGUUGCUAGUUAACGUGCUGGCUUUUUCAUCUUGUGAGCCUUGGAUCAUUGUUGUUCUUCAGUGGCAAGUCACGCAAGGGUCUUGGUCCUCUCUUGAACACUUGUCUGCACUGCAAAACCAGGCGCAAUUUCUGGAGCUGCCUGGGGCUGCUGAGUUGUGGCAGUCUCGUGGGGAAGGGGCGUUGGAACAAUGUCUGCCUCUAAUGCAGCUGUGCUCUCCAAAACACUAACACUGAACCUGCAAUAAAAACCAUAGGAUUUUUCAUUUUUGGUGCUUCCCAUGAACUGUGUACCCUCCAAACAGCUGCUUUUUCUGUACCGUGGGGCUGUUGCUGUAAACAGACUCACUUGGCAGCUUGCAGCCUUCUUCCAGGGGGAAAUAGGACUCACUGCUUGCUCCUUUCUUGAGUGACACUAAUCCUUGGCUGGAGGGGACACUUGAGAAAGCUGCACAAGGUGCUUGUGAAGGGCUUGUCUCCAGGAUGAUACAAGAAUUAAUUCCCAAAAGGUGAUCUUCCCCCUUCAUGAGGCUGACAAACACACUCCAGUAAAACUUCUACCACUGUCUAGCCGUGUGUCUAGCUGAUGUGAGGAACAAAUCCUGCUUGGAGGCAGUCACUCAAAAGAGCGCUGCUGAUGACGGGCUGUCUCUAGGAGGCAAUUUCAGUUUUGCUUAUCCUCCUCCUUACAUCCUUCUCUUGCACUCCAGUAUCUAAAACGUGUACGGUGCCGGGGGCAGGCAGUGACCCCGUGAGCAGGACAAGCCUUGCACACCAGGGAAAUGACUGUGCCUCGGCACGGAGGAGUUUGUCUGUCAGAAUACCGUCCUGUCUCGUAGCUGGUGAGGGUACACGAAAGCCCAGAGCUGUUGGGUCGUCUCCAGUGUCCAGCAUGGAUUAAACCUCCAAGCCAAAUCCCACCAGGGGGCAUGUGCAGGGCUGGAUGAGGUCUUAAGGCUGUUGAUGGUUUUCCUGCAUUUGCAAGGUACUCCGAACAAAUCACAGCUGUGCUCUGUGACCACAGGGCGGCUCCUCGGCCUGGUGGUGCAGCACAGUUCUGCUCUGUGUUAUUGAAUGGAUUGACUGAAGUGUGUGAGGUCCUCACGGAUGCCCGUGUGCCCCCUUGUUCUGAGCCAGUACCGGACCAUGCUCCAUACUGGAAGUCUGUGUUAAAAAUGUGAGCAGUAUUGUUCUUCUCUCACCUUAAACUGCUUUGUCAGACCUGCCAGGAGUGAGGCCAGGGUUUCUGGAGUGCUGUUGCCCCAUUCAGGCUGGACUGUGUUUGGGUAGAAACUGUAGAACCAUGGUACCAGUGAGAGAGGUUUGUGUGAUGUCCCUUGGGUUGUACUCGGGACCACAGCCUGAGUGAGCCUCAGGCUUUGCUUAAACCUUACCCUGACUAGAAGCCAAAAGCCCUGUGCCAUUUUAGGGGUCGUGGAGCUUUUCCAGCCAGUCCUGAGUGCUGUCUAGAAAGCCUGGCCAGUCCCUGGGUCUAGCUUUGGAGCUCCUGAGCCUGCAGCUCUGCCAGUUACUGAAGUUAAGGCUUAGGAUCCCUCAUAAGAGUGUUAGCUUCUUGCCUCAGUGCAUCUUGUUCCUAUCUCUUAAUCUCUCUACUCCCUCUUUGAAUUUAAUCCUCCCAGCUUGGAAAAGAAAAAUACACACGCUGAGCAGAUAUGUACGCUUUGGUUUUAAUGCCUGAAAACAGGUAUCUCGUGUCUUUUUUAAAAGAGUGAGGUGUCUGUUCUGUUUCCUGCUUAUCCACCCUCAUCCUUUCUUGGAAAUUGUCUUUGAGGGCCUUGCCGAAGGGGAGAUGUCCGUGCUCCGGCUGUGACAGUCAGACUUGGAGGUUUAUAAGGGAAAAGAAGUUCUUGAUUAUUUUUGUAAGUACUUGUCUGAUAGAUCACUCACGUUCAAAGAUUUUUUUUUUUUCCUAAUGUUUGACUAUUUCCUGGGGUUGCCCAGAAGCAUAUGUUUAUCUGUGUUUAUUUUCCCCUGCUUUUACGGCUCUUUGCUCUGGAGCGCGAUGCUGAGCUCCGUGCGUGGAUGCUCCCACGUCUGAGGGAAGAGGGUAAAAAUCUGUCAUGCUUUUUGAUACCUCAGGAAAAUAAAUAAAUA